AUACGACUCUAGCUAAGGAGAGCAUUCCUUGUGUGCCAAAAAAAGAAACUUCCACAGGCAGCAGCACUGGCAAACUCCUCUACAUCGUCAUGGUCUCCACAUGAAGCCCCUCGGUACCUGCUGCGUACAACUCCUGCAAGACGAGAACGAGGCAAACAAACAUUUCCGUGGCAAGGCGUUUCCAUUCUAUGAUGAGUUAACCACUCUUUUUGGGACAACGGACACUGAAGGCGGUCCAAUGUUGUGUGUUGGUGGAAUUGGAGAUAGAACACCAAGCUAUGGAAGCGAAGACACCCCUGACCCAAUGGCGGAUGAAAAUGUUGACUGGUUGGAGGACACUGUUGGACGGUCUAGUGUGGGUCGUGUGUCGCAGAGGUCCGGAAAGGAGCAUGUUGUUGAUAGCCCACCACCCAAGAGAACUAAGAGCAUGGAGUACUAUGUGGAGCGUAUAUCUGAGAGCAUGAUUCAAAGGACUAUGACUGAAAGAAAUCUAAUCAGCCGUGAGGAAGAGGAGGUUACAGAAAUGCUGCACCUUGUCGAACAAGAUGGUGUACCGAAUGGGUCUGAGUUGUACUUCAUAGCUACUGAGCUGUUUAGAUCACCAGCCCGACGUGCAUCUUAUAGGAGCAUUACCGCUUCAGAGAACCGGAUUGCAUGGCUCUGAUGGACUUGGGAUAAUGUCAAGAGGAAGUAAUACCGGUCCAUGAUUACAAUGUAUUUGCAUCUACCUAGGAAUGUGUGUAUUUGUACUGUGACUAUGGCAUGGUGUGCCAUCAUGUUUGUAAUGUGAAUUAUGUUGUGUUAGACCUUGAUUAUUCAUGCUACUAAUCCAUAUAAAUUUGUGUCGUUCCACUUG